AGCUUUUUUUUUUCUGUAUUAAAUUUGUUUCAGUUUAUUAAAAUUGUGCUAAAAGACAUGGCGGACAAAGAAGAAAUUGAGAAGACCAUCGCCGAAGACUUGGUUGUAACCAAGUAUAAAAUGGCUGGGACAAUCGUAAAUCAGAUCUUGAAACAAGUUCUGGAAAAAUGCGUAGCUGGUGCAUCAGUAAGAGAAACUUGUGAAUAUGGUGAUAAAUUGUUGCUUGAAGAAACAAGCAAGGUAUUCAAGAAAGAAAAAGAUUUAAAAAAAGGUAUUGCAUUUCCAACUUGUAUAUCUGUUAACAAUUGUAUUUGCCAUUUUUCACCAAUUGCAAGUGAACCUGAUGUGAUAUUGAAAGAAGAUGAUAUGGUUAAAGUUGAUCUUGGUGCACAUGUUGAUGGUUUUAUUGCUGUUGUUGCACAUACAAUUGUCGUUGGUUCAUCAGCUGAUAAAAAAGUAACUGGUAAAAAAGCUGAUGUUGUUGUAGCUGCACAUAAUGCAUCUGAAGCUGCAUUAAGACUUUUAAAACCAGGUACUGGUACUUAUUCAAUAACAAGUACUGUUGAAAAAGUAUGUGCUGCUUAUAAAUGUAAACCAAUUGAAGGUAUGUUGAGUCAUCAAUUAAAAAGAUUUAAAAUUGAUGGAGAAAAAACAAUAAUACAAAAUCCAAAUGAUGCACAAAAAAAAGAACAUGAAAAAUUCACUCUUGAUACAUAUGAGGUUUAUGCUAUGGAUGUAUUAGUUAGUACUGGUGAAGGUAUUGGACGUGAACAAAAUACACGUGUUACAAUUUAUAAAAAAACUGAUGAAACAUAUCAGUUAAAAUUAAAAGCAUCAAGAGCAUUUUAUUCUGUUCUUACUCAUAAUCAAGGUACAAUGCCAUUUAAUCUUCGUACAUUUGAAGAAGAAGGAAAAACUAAAAUGGCUGUUGUUGAAUGUGUUAAUCACAGAUUGAUUGAACCAUUCCAAGUUUUAUAUGAAAAACCAAAUGAACAUGUUGCACAAUUUAAAUUUACAGUAUUGUUGAUGCCAAAUGGUGCACAUAAAAUAACAGGUUUACCAUUUGAUAGUGAUGCAUUCCAAACAGAUUGCACUGUCGAAGAUCCAGAGCUCAAGUCUCUUCUUAACUCAUCUGCAAAUCCAAAAUCAGCUAAAAAGAAGAAGAAGAAGGCUGAAAAAGCUGUUAACGAAGUUGCCAUGGAAGUUGAUGCCAAGGCUUAACACAAAGCCAACUGUCAUCAUUCAAUAAAUAUGCCCAUCAUGACUUAAUCAUCAAAGUCGUGCACUCGUCAUUUUUUACAUCAAUAAAAUUAUCGAUAAUUAAAAGAUAACAAUGAUAUACUUGAUAAUAUUAAUAUUUCCUUAGCCAAUACAAGAUGUAUCAACAAUAUUAAUAACAACAACUAUUCUUUUACUUUCGCACUCAAGUGCAUUAAUAAAAAAUUACUAUCAUUGAAAAAUUUAUCAACUAUCAUUGUGAUAUAUUAUUAUUAUUAUUUUUUCUUUUCUUCAAGUAUCCCUUAUUAUCAAAAAUUAUUAGAAUCAUUUGUAUUAAAAUAAAAAAAAAUCAACUAAAACAACAAUCUGGUAUUGUUUUUUUUUUUGUGUUAAAAUAAUUUUUCAUUAAAUUGUUUAAAUAAAUUACUUAAAAAUUGUAAAAUGAGUGUCGACAUUUGGCAGUUGUCAUAUAAAGAAAAAAAAAUUAAUAUUUAAA